AUGUCAAGCCCCCUGCUGGGACCCUGUAUGUCUGGUGUGGCCCCACCCAGCAAAACCACUGGAAGCAGUGGCAUCCCACUUGAUGAUAUCAUCAAUGACCCAGAAGCAGAAAUCAAAGAUGCAGGAACAGCAAGAACCCUCCUAGACCAAAUGUACAUGAUCCAUGGAGAACCAGCAUCGCCAGAACACAUCUCCCAGGCACUCUUCUACAUAUUGCAAGCAAAAAAUGUCAACAACACACUAUGCCUUACCAUCCAUGCCACAGCAUUCCUCAUUAAGGAACUAGUGGUACCAGCCCUGGCUGACUCCAUCAUCAGGGCAGUCACAGAUAAACUCAACAGUUUGGUACUGAUCACAAUCUCCCCCCAUGUAGGAAAGAUACUGGCAGCUGCUGACAACCUAGAGAAGAUCAUCAAGAAAGCUAGCAAAAACAUCCAACUGCUCAAUGCCAGGGUCACCAAUCCCAUCAAUCUGCCAUCCAAUGCCCCCACCCACUCAAGCAUCAACCACCUGGAAGGCAAAGUACAAAGCCUUGUUGACAACUUAGGAACAGUCAAAUCAGUGCUAGAAGUGAAAAAUCUCCUCAAAUCCAAUGCCCCCCCAGCUCCUUUCCCCAUAUCCUACAGGGACAUUCUUGCACCAGCAACAGUCAACCUGAACUGCCUCCUAAGGGAUGGCCUCUAUAGGGGCCUAGACAGACUCUGCCCAUACAAGGAUAAAAGGGAACCAGUCUGGUGCCUCAAAUGUCAGUGA